GGACCCCCGAAGUAGAUCUCGAAUUUCCUCCCCUAUAGUAUUAAUUACUAUUUUUCUGCUGAGGAUUGAAGAAUCAAUCACAAAUACAAUUGCGGGUUAGGUGCUUAAUUAAUUUAUUAUUACUGUAUAUACUCCUAAUUACUAGUACUAUUAUUACUCAUUGGAGUAUUAUAUAAACAGCUACAAUCGUAAAUCUUGAUUUGUGCAUCUUCUAUCUAUCUAUUCUUUCGUAGAGCGAGUUGAGCGGAGUGGCGUAGGAGCGACAGACAUUUCUCUCUUUCUUUCUUUCACCCAUUGUCUUCCUUCCUCUCGUUUAUUUAUAUUAUAGUAAAAUAAAAAAUAGUAGUGCUACUCAUUUGGGAGAGAGAGAGAGCGAGAGAGAGAGAGAGAGAGAGAGAGAGAGAGAAAAGAAUCCGGUGGAAAUGAAAGUGAUAGAGAAGAUCCGGGAGGCGGAAUCCGGUGGGAAGGUGGUGUUCUCGUUCGAGUUCUUCCCGCCCAAGACAGAGGAUGGGGUGGACAACCUGUUCGACAGGAUGGAGCGAAUGGUGGCUCACAACCCUACAUUCUGCGACAUUACUUGGGGAGCUGGGGGUUCAACCGCGGAUCUCACUCUCGAGAUUGCUAACAGGAUGCAGAACAUGGUCUGCGUUGAGACUAUGAUGCAUCUCACUUGCACCAACAUGCCUGUUGACAAGAUCGACCACGCCCUCCACCACAUCAAGUCCAACGGCAUCCAGAACGUCCUCGCCCUCCGCGGUGACCCUCCUCACGGCCAGGACAAGUUCGUUCAAGUCCAGGAUGGCUUCGCCUGUGCCCUCGAUCUCGUAAAGCACAUUCGGUCCACAUAUGGUGACUACUUUGGCAUAACCGUAGCUGGUUAUCCAGAGGCACAUCCUGAUGUCAUCCAAAGUGAUGGGGGUUUGGCCACACCAGAGGCAUAUCAGAGCGACCUUGCUUACCUUAAGAGGAAGGUUGACGCUGGAGCUGAUCUUAUUGUUACUCAACUUUUCUAUGAUAUUGAUAUCUUCCUCAAAUUUGUGAAUGACUGCCGUCAAAUUGGAAUUACUUGUCCCAUCGUUCCUGGGAUUAUGCCGAUUAAUAACUAUAGGGGCUUCCUCCGCAUGACUGGUUUUUGCAAAACUAAGAUACCAUCUGAGAUUACUGCUGCCUUGGAGCCUAUCAAGGAUAAUGAAGAAGCCGUCAGAGCCUACGGAAUUCACCUUGGAACAGAAAUGUGCAGGAACAUAUUAGCUAAUGGAAUUAAGACAGUGCAUCUUUAUACCUUGAACAUGGAGAAAUCUGCAUUGGCAAUACUAAUGAAUCUUGGACUAAUUGAAGAAGCCAAAAUUUCGAGGUCCUUACCAUGGAGACGCCCUACAAAUGUUUUCCGUGUUAAGGAAGAUGUCAGGCCAAUAUUUUGGGCCAAUCGUCCAAAAAGUUACAUUUCAAGGACUAUAGGUUGGGAACAAUACCCACAAGGCCGAUGGGGAGAUUCUCGUAAUGCAUCAUAUGGAGCACUAACCGAUUAUCAGUUCAUGCGAGCCCGCACACGUGACAGGAAACUUCAUGAUGAAUGGGCUGUCCCUUUGAAGGAUGUUGAAGAUAUUCACGAGAGAUUCCUGAAGUACUGCCUUGGGAAUCUAAGAAGCAGUCCCUGGUCUGAGUUAGAUGGCCUUCAGCCAGAGACACAGAUCAUUAAUGAACAGUUGGGGAGCAUCAACUCAAAGGGUUUUCUCACAAUAAAUAGCCAACCAUCUGUGAAUGGAGCAAAGUCUGAUUCCCCUAUUGUCGGAUGGGGGGGACCUGAUGGAUACGUCUACCAGAAGGCAUAUGUGGAGUUUUUCUGCUCCAAGGAGAAGUUGAAUACUCUUGUUGAGAAAUGCAAGUCAUUCCCAUUUCUGACCUACAUGGCUGUGAACAAAGAAGGAAGCUGGAUAUCCAACGUCCGCAGCCAAUCUGAUGUGAAUGCAGUGACAUGGGGAGUGUUCCCGGCGAAGGAGAUCAUCCAACCGACUGUUGUAGAUCCCACCAGCUUCAUGGUGUGGAAGGAUGAGGCAUUUGAAAUCUGGUCCAGAGGAUGGGCUCAAUUGUACCCAGAUGGUGACCCAUCCAGGAAGCUGCUGGAGCAGGUGCAGAGCAGUUACUUCCUGGUCAACUUGGUAGAGAAUGAUUACGUUAACAGUGAUUUAUUUGCUGUUUUUAGAGAUUUCUAAGAUGAGGGGAUUACGGAUUACCCUUUGGUGGUCUCCUUCUAGUAUCCACCAAAGCCAUAGGAAUAAAAUCUUUGGCUUCAGUGGGACUUGAUUCUUGCGUUUUCUGUUUUGCUGGAUUAUUCUAUUUUAAUGGCUAUGUAAUAAUGCAAUCCUUGGGCUUUGGGUACCUUCCCAAUCGUAGUUGAAAUUGCAUAUGGUUUGGCAGUUGAUGGCAUUGUGAAUUUAUUUAUGACCAAUCAACAAAAUAACAAUCUGAGAUUGAGAAA